GUACCCAUUUGUAUGAUUGUCUACUGUCCUUCUCCUUGCUCCUGUCCGAAUAGGAUGUGCCCAUCAGCGUGCCCCCUUACAUUAGGUGUUGCCAUCAGAGUGCAACUUUACAUCAUGUAUUCCAACACAUCAGGUGUGCCCAUCAGAGUGCUCCUUUACAUCAGUUGUCCCCAUCAGAGUGCCCCUUUACAUCAGGUAUCCCCAUCACAUUGCCACCUUACAUCAGGUAUUCCCGUCAGUGCCCCCUUACACUCAAAGUACCCCUUUCUAUCAUAUUUCCCCAUCAGAGUGCCCCUUUAUAUCAUAUUACCCAUCAGAGUGCCCCUUUCCAUCACAUGUGCCCAUCAGAGUGCCCUU